GUCAUUCAUGCCGUCAAUUCAUUUUGGACGUGGUUUGAUUAAAUCAUAUUAUCAGCGAUAAAUUUCUUUUCACAUAAUUGCAUUUGCAGUGCAUUCAUACAAACGCGAAAACAUAUGUGCAUACGGGAAAAAUGCCACCAGCCAGACGAGCAAAUAUAGGUCGGCGAACGCGUAAUGCAAAUGAUGUGGCAUUACUAAGACGAUCACAGACUGCAGAUGAACGCGCACAAGCUAAUGCAUCGCAGCGUGAACGUAAUGCACGCAAUAGAUUUGUUAACCCAGUACCUGUACUGAAUCUUGCACGGCCAUCACGAAUAGGUCGUGCUGUUUUGGCUGAAAUGAUGCGUGCUGCUUUUAAUUACAACAGUCAGAUUGAUUAUAGUAUGUAUGGAUACAUUGGAAUGAUGGACGCAAUAUGUCCACAUUGUGAUGCGGCUAACUUUCGAGGUGAAACACCCGGCAUGUGUUGUGCUAAUGGCAAAGUGAGAUUGCCAGCAUUAGAAACUCCACCCGAACCAUUGUAUUCAUUUAUUUUUGGGACAUCGCAAGCGUCGAAGCACUUUCUGAGUCAUAUUCAACAAUACAAUUCGGCAUUUCAAAUGACUUCUUUUGGUGCAACUAAAAUUAUUAGAGAUAAUUUUAUGCCGACGUUUAAGAUUCAGGGCCAGAUUUAUCAUCAAGCUGGUUCGUUAUUGCCAUACCCCGACGCUGAUCAUCAAUUUUAGUAUUUAUUUUAAUGAAGCAAAUGCAUUGGAAAGAGCAGCACACCCACCAGCGACUACGUUGACAGCUUUUUUCAAAUUAUGCGAAACUGAUACAUUUGCUAGAAAUUUGUUAUAUUCCGAAGUGCCUCAGUACUAUACAUGGAAUGUGUCUUCAAAAAAAAUUCAAAGACGUAAACAAGGAACAGCAGUCGAUGGGCAUUCAGGCAUUUUCAAAACAGAUGCAAUUGGGAGAAUGUAUACAGUACAUCCAAACAAUGCUGAGUGUUUUUAUUUGCGAUUGCUAUUAGUUAACGUCAAUGGCCCAAAAUCAUUUCAAGAAUUAAGAACAGUCGACGGUCAUUUGUGUCAAACAUAUCGUGAAGCAUGUCAACUCUUGCAUUUGUUGGAGGAUGAUGCACAUUGGGAUUCAACACUUAAUGAUGCAUCUACGUCAGCUCAUCCACAACAAAUACGAAUGCUAUUUGCCAUUAUAUUAUCGACAUGUAUGCCAUCAAAUCCACUUGAAUUAUGGAACAAAUAUAAAAAUUAUAUGGCAGAAGAUAUUUUAAUUCGUAUGCGUCAUCAUGCAAGAAAUCCUGAUUUGUUGAUUACCUUGGAAAUGUGCAACGAAGCUUUGAUAAUAAUUGAAGAUAUAUGUCUAACGAUUGCAAAUAAAGCAUUAGUACAAUUGGGUAUGACCGCACCAAAUCGUCCCAUGCAUGAUUUGUUUGAUCGUGAAUUGCAACGUGAGCAGGAAUUCAACUGUAAUGAUUUGCGUUUAUUUGUACAAUCGAAUAUAACCAAAUUAAAUAUUCAGCAAAAACAUGUAUAUGAUACAAUCAUGCAAGCCGUUUCCAAUAAUGCAGGUGGAUUAUAUUUUUUGGAUGCACCUGGUGGCACAGGUAAAACGUUCGUUAUAUCAUUGAUUUUAGCGACUAUUCGAUCAGAUCAGAAAAUUGCACUAGCACUUGCAUCUUCGGGAAUUGCUGCUACAUUAUUAGAAGGUGGUCGGACCGCACACUCUGCAUUAAAAUUGCCAUUGAAUGUACAGGUGAUUGAAACUCCAACUUGCAAUAUAUCGAGAAAUUCUGCUAUGGCAAAAGUUCUGCGAUUAACGUCAAUUAUUUUAUGGGAUGAGUGUACAAUGGCGAAUAAAAAAUCACUAGAAGCAUUCAAUCGAACAAUGCAAGAUUUACGUGGUAAUCAACAGGUUUUUGGUGGUGCUUUGAUAUUACUUUCAGGGGAUUUUCGUCAAACAUUGCCUGUCAUUCCUCGAUCAACUCCUGCUGAUGAAAUAAAUGCCUGCUUGAAGUCAUCAGUUCUUUGGAGAUAUCUACAAAAAUUGACACUAAACAUUAAUAUGCGUGUUCACCUACAAAAUGAUCCAGCUGCCCAUGAGUUCUCAAAACAAUUGUUAGAAAUUGGUGACGGCAAAAUACAAAUCGACAGAACCAACGGAUUGAUCGCUGUACCGAACAAUUUUUGUACAAUUGCGCAAUCGAUAGAUGAAUUGAUUGAAUGUGUUUUUCCGAAUAUUGUUCAGAAUUACAGAAAUCAUGAUUGGUUGACAGAACGCGCCAUUUUAGCACCGAAAAACAUUCAUGUCAAUGCAAUUAAUUUUCAAAUUCAAGCGAAACUGCCAGGCGUAGUCACGAAAUAUAAAUCAAUUGACAGUGUUAUGAAUCAAGAUGAGGCAAUGAAUUAUCCAAUUGAAUUUUUAAAUUCAUUGGAGCCGGCUGGUAUGCCACCGCAUUGCUUGAAUCUGAAAGUUGGUUCUUCGAUUAUAUUAUUGCGAAAUAUUAAUCCACCAAAACUGUGUAACGGAACCAGAUUGGCAGUGAAAAAGUUAUUGCCAAAUUUGAUUGAAGCUACGAUCUUAACUGGUAAAUCAAAAGGAGAAGUUGUUUUGAUACCGCGUAUACCUAUGAUUCCAACUGAUAUGCCUUUUGAGUUCAAACGUUUACAAUAUCCUGUGCGUUUAUCAUUUGCGAUGUCCAUCAACAAGGCCCAAGGUCAAACACUUCACGUUUGUGGUGUGAAUUUGGAGGAACAUUGUUUUUCACAUGGCCAGUUAUAUGUUGCCUGUUCCAGAGUCGGUACCCCCAGCCGUUUGUUUAUUUAUGCUCAAAAUGGAAAAACAAAAAAUAUUGUUUAUCCAAAUGUUUUGGAUUAAGUGUGUUGUA